AUGCCACCAAAAAAGCAAUACACUCCCCAAAAUUCAGUAACAAGAAAUUCAAAGAAGAAUGAUGAUACACAAGCAAAUUUAGAUACAAAACCAAAAAAGACACAAAAUCAUACAAAACAAAGGCUAAAGGCAAAAAAAGAAAAUGUUGAGCCAAAUUUGGAAACUGGAACUUCAAAUCAACCGGAAUCUUCACAAUUUCAACAAGCACGAGAGUAUCAACAAGUCCCUGCUGAGCAUCAACAACAAAUUUUUCCACAACAAGAAGAGCAUCACAUCAUCAAGAUCAUCAACAACAAAUUUCCCGCAGAUACAAGAAUAACAAGAUGA